AGAGCCCUGACUGGUCAGUUCUCUUUCCGAAAACCGCAAACAGACAACCAUCCCGAUUGGAAUCAUUGAAAUAACCAAUGUCUCUCCGGUGAGUUUGCCACCUGGAAUAAAGCCCCCCCAAGCCCGACGAGCUACACUGCAUGCGAAGGCGAUCCGGCUGUAGUGGCGUGAAAGUGGGAUUUUCCGGGGACUCUGAAAACGCACACCAGAUCGCCUGUGAUUAGUGAUCUUCUCUAACUGAGAAGUUGGGCGGAAGCAGCGGUUACGUCUGACAGCGUUUGGCCUCAAUGUUUUCGGGAGCUUUUGCAAUCUUUUUUUUUGUUUUCUCCCCAUUUCUUUUCUUGCAAUUUGCGUUGAGAACUUUCGCUUGAAAGCUCAAGCAAACUUCAAUUGGGCGACAGACUGGGCACUCAACAGGUUCCUAAGGGAGGCUAGUGAAGAGCCGAUCAUGCGGCCAGCGUCACUUCUAACGCUUCUUCCAUCUCUCUUGUCUGUAGGCCUCGCACAAGAAGGUGGAGGGUACCCUCCAUGUGCAUUGCGUUGCAUUCUGCAGGCUCUCCCACAGACGACAUGCACUGCAACAAACCAGACAUGCCUUUGCCAAGACUCGACACUAUCCAGACUGGUAGAGCCUUGCAUCAGUGCGGGCUGCACGAUCAAGGAAGCUUUAGUGACAGCGAAUACCACAUCGAAAAGCUGCGACUCGUCCGAGGUCGACGAGUCUCCAAGAGUAAAGCUUGCGAGCCUCAGCCUACUCACCAUACCGCCCACCAUAUCUGUAAUUCUACGCAUGAUAGUCAAGAUCCGAAGAUGGUCGGCCUGGGGGGCUGACGAUGCCACUAUCGUGCCAGCUUAUGUCCUUAUGCUUGCAUUUAUUCCAAUAAACAUUUUCUUCGUGAGGACCGGGGCGGGAAUAAACCUUUGGACUCUUUCGUUCGAUCAAAUAGAUGGGUUUUUCUUGAUCGGCUACAUCAGCCAGGCCAUCUACUAUGCAUCAUUGGCACUGAUCAAAACAUCAAUCUUGUUUAUGCUUCUGCGAAUAUUCCCUGGUGACGGCAUUCGACUGACGCUGUGGGGUACGCAAGCUGUCAACUUGAUUGUCUGUCUUGUAUGUGUCUUUACCGUGUUGUUCCAAUGUCAGCCUUUGAGUCUGGCCUGGCAGUUCUGGGCCCAGGACCGCCCAGGAUAUUGCCUCCGCCAACUCGAUCUAGCACUCAGCCAUGGAGUUAUCAACGUCGCGCUGGAUGUUUGGAUGCUCAUCUUGCCCAUCACACAAAUAUGGAGGUUGAAUAUGAAACUGCGCCAAAAGCUCGGUGUCAUGUCCAUGUUCUGCAUGGGGGUUUUUCUCACCUUCGCGAGUGCUUAUCGUCUAUACGCACUGAUAGUAUAUACCUACAAUUCGAAGAAUAUCACUGUCGAUUCUUCACCGACCACCAUCUGGACGGAAAUAGAAGUCUGUGUAGGGGUGUUUACCGCCUGUGUUCCGAGUAUGCGCCAGUUUUAUGAGAGGAUGAUUCGCGAGAUCUUCGGUAGCAAGAGAGAGCUGCGAACGCCACCGCGAUCUCAGGGCGGGAAGUCUUUCACAGGCACGGAUAUUACCACUAAAGUAGGCUUGUAACGAGUCUUGUAUUCAUCAGACAAUAAACGCUGAUAUCAGUAGAACAGAAUAGAUGAGC